UUUCUUUAGAUGAAUAAUAUUUAAAACAACAACACUUCAUCAUUUUAAACAUUAUAAAAUCAACGCAAGAAUAUGGAACCUGGGGACUUAUUGAAAAUGACUCAAGCUGUGGUAAUUUUAAAGAGAAUAAAAGUAAUUAAAUGCAAAAAAUGUACAAAAGUUUUUACAAAACAAAAAGACUACAAACUUCAUAAAAUGAAACACGAUUUACAAAACAUACGUGAAGAAAGGAGAGAGAAAAUUAGGACUUUUUAUGGCAAAAAAUCUGGGUACAAAAAGACAUUACAAUGUGACCAGUGUGAGAUGAGAUUUGUUGCAAAAAGCACUCUAAAAGCACAUUCUGUCCUUCACAAACCUUUUCCAAACAUAUGUGGAUGUGGUGUGGGUUUCUAUGAGAAAAAUGAUCUAGAAUCUCAUAUUAAACUUGUUCAUAACAAAGAUAUUAAAAAUCCUAUACAAAAGAUGAAAACUUCAAAUGGUGUUCAAAAGAAAAAAAAAAUGUAAAUAGAUAAAUUAAUUGGUAGGAAAUACUUU